UGGACGUCUGAGCGCUCCCGGACCAGGACGAGUGCACGCCGGGCCUAGUCCUCUGCGGAUUCCGCGGCAAGGUUCCUUAACGACUGCUUGAAGUUCCCGUGAUUGCCGAGAGGCUGGGCUUCGGAGGAAGGUAUCAAGAAACAAUGUUUCCUUAAAUUUGCUUCUGUAUUUGCCUCAUCAAUGUCAUUCAUAUUGAGUAUCUUAAGAGAGAUGCUGGAAUAUUUUGGUGUUCCUGUAAACCAGGUUUUGCAGAUUUGGGAAAAUAAAGACUAUGGAUCAGCUCGGAGUAUUGUUCGUAUUAUUGGGAAAAUUCUUCCUUUAGAACCUUGUCCCAGGCCUAAUUUUGAGCUGAUCCCACUCUUGAACUCUGUGGACCCAGCUAACUGUGGAUCUGUAGUCCCAUCUUUUGCUGACGUUUUGUAUGUGACGAAUGAUGAAGAAGCCAGUUAUCUCAGAUUUCGAAAUAGUAUAUGGAAAAAUGAAGAAGGGGAGAAAAUUGCUUCUUUCCAUCCUUUGCAACUAGUUGAAGAUCCAUUGACACCUGCUCUAAGGCAUAACAAACCAACAAAAAGUGAUUGGCCUGAAAGUGAAGCUGCAAUUAAAAAAAUAGCUGCCCUUGAAGAUGAGCUAGCUUUUCUUCGCUCUCAGAUUGCUGCAAUUGUGGGAAGGCAAGAACUGAGAAACAGUACAAAUUCUGGCUCCUUGGACUUGAAGAACGACAGACCUAGUGGUUUGGGACACAUGCCAUCAUCAGGGACUACUCAACUGAGUGUCGAACCAGAUUCGUUUUCAAGUUCAGUGUUUCCUUCUCCUCCUCCUCCACCACCGCCUCCUCAGGUUUCUUCUCUACGGCCUCCAUGUUCUCCUCUCGUGCAAACAGCCUCUAAUAAUAUUUGUGCAUCAGAUAAUUCAGCAACUGAAGUGAAAAAACAGCACCCAGAUACUAGGAAAACCAAUUUUAGUCAUCAUUCAAAAAACCAUAAAGAUGUUCCAAACAUGUUGGAUGUUCUGAAGGAUGUGAAUAAGGUUAAGCUACGUGCUAUUGAAAGGUCCCCUGGGGGCAGACCCAUUCAUAAAAGGAAAAGACAAGACUCACCUUGGGAUCCAGUGUCUUUAAUAUCCCAUGCACUUAAGCAGAAAUUUGCAUUCCAAGAAGAAGAUUCCUUUGAGAAGGAAAAUAAUUCCUGGGAGUGUUCUCCAUUUUCUAGUCCAGAAACUUCAAGGUUUGGACACCAUAUUUCACAGUCAGAAGGACAUUGAACUAAAGGAAGAACUGACAAACACAGCAGGUAUAGCCCAAGCCACGAGCUACAGGGCUUGUGUCUGCACCUACAAGGCAGGAUUGCAGAAGUAUGCCAGCAUACGUAUCCCUACAUGUGAAAGGAUCUCACCUCCUGUUAAGGAAGUUAAAUGU